AUGUCAACGGCGUUCGAAUUCGAUAUCGGCUCCUUCAGAGGGAAGCCAAAUUAUCUUAUGCGCUCUAAGAAAGGCUUUUGUUGGGACAACUUACCUCCGUCCUUACUAGAGCUGGUAACUUUAGAAGGCAUGGCAGAAGCCGUGGAGGCCUACGCGCUUGGUCCUAAUGGCCUUUACUGGUUUCAGUAUGCUAAUGAAAACGGUGAAAUAUCAAUAGCAACCGCGCCUGGUCUUUGGAGGUAUCUAAAAUGCGACGAUAACACUGGGCCGACGAUUAAUCGACUUGAGUUUGGUCAAUUGCAGACAUACUGGAGCACUUAUUGUUGGGCUGGAGAGGGAGAGGGAGAGGAACAAGUGCUGAACCAGAGCAUUCAUUACAACAAUCUGCCCCUGGGGUUGAUCAACCAAAUCACGGAGCUGAGUAACCAGGGAUUGCUCACUGAAUACUCGGACAUUGGGUUCUUGGCGAUGGGGAAGGAUAACUCCUGGAUAUUGGAAAGUAAAGGAUGGAUCUGGUCAGAAGGGAUAGAUCCCGGACUCUUGGCGGCACUUCAGGAGGUAGACGAGAGCGUUAGUGCGGUGAAUGUCAGGCUCUCAACAGUGCAAACAGACUGCUGGUGGAUUGAGUAUAGUGAUGGCAGUACUUACUUUCAGGUGCCGGCGCAUUGGAACGGAGACAUCACUGAAUAUGCGUCGCUGCAAUAUGCGCUGAAGAAACAACCGCGGACGGCGGCGAGCGUUGGGAGAAGUCUUGCACAUAUAGCAGUUCUGGCCGCAUGGCUGUCUCGGCAUUCAGGGGAACGGGUGUAUUGA